GAGAGAGAGCUUGCUAGCGACCCAGCGAGGCCAUUGCCUUGCUGCAACUUCGCCUGGAGGGGGGAAAUAGAUACCUUUCUGCUCCAGAAAAGCCAUUCCUGGGCGAGGAAGGGGAUUGGAAAGAAAGCGAAGUUUUUUUUCCCUUUUCGUUGGCUUGUGGGAUUUCGAAUGGCUAAACCUUCAUCAUCCAAUUCCCUGCGGCAGCCAUGUUCACCACCCAACAGCCACAGUGUGAUCGAGGAGGAGCCACCGAUGGGCAGCGUUGAGGGCGAGGAAGAAGAGAGGAAAUUGUACGUGGCUGUACCUGAAAAAUUGAAGGAAGGGAUUGAACUGGUGCUAUGGGUGCUUCGGAAUACAUCCACCGACAAAAAGAUUGUGAUUCUCCAUGUUCAUCGUCCACCUAAGCUUUUACCAAUGAUGGGAGCAAUGGUUCCUGUAAGCAAACUGGGGGAGGAGCAUGUGAGAAUAUACAGACAGCAGGAGAAAAUGAUGGUGGAGAAAUCUUUGGAUGAAUACCUGGUUAUGUGCUCUAAAUCAAUGUUUCGAGCAGAGAAGCUAGUUGUUGAGAAUGAUGAUGUUGGCUUGGCGAUUGUAGAACUUGUUGCAAGCCAUAGAAUCAAAAUGCUUGUCAUGGGAGCUGCUGCUGACAGGCAUUUCUCAAGGAAAAUGACAUCACCGAAGUCCAAGAUUGCAAUUACUGUCCAGCAAAAUGCACAUUCGUUAUGCAAGAUCUGGUUUGUUUGCAAGGGGCAACUGAUAUGCACCAGGGAUGAAGCUACUAAUGAAUAUUCCAGUUUAAGCUCCUCGGAUCAGCUCAGAUCAAAAUCCCUACCACAAAUGCAGCAUGAACAUUUUAACCAGGUUACUAGUCCUAUGCCGAGGUCAGCUUCUGAAAAUGCUGUCCCAUUUAGAAGAAGACCACCCAUGCUAAAAUUUUCAUUGCCAAGUCUCUUUAGAACACCAGCAGCUAAGAGUGAGACUUCUACGGAUGGGACUAUGAGCUCAAGGAGUUCCCUGACUUCGAGUGAUUCAAACUGGUUAUGGCCAACUGAUGACUUCAACAGCAGCAAUAGAACUGUAUCAAGGCACAAGGAGGAUGAUGGUGAUUCCUCUUCAGGAAUGGUAACCAGUCAACAAGAUUUUCAUAAUCUACAGCUUUCAUCUACUUUCCAUGAGCUGGAAGGUGGAGAUUUCUUGCGUGAUGUGUAUGAUAGAUUGGAAAAAGUCCAAACUGAAGCAGAGAACUUCAAGCACGAGGCUUACAGGGAAACAAUUAGACGUCAGAAAGCUGAAAGGAAUGCAAUUGAGGUUGCUUGGAAAGCCAAAGCAUCAGAGUCCCAACAUGCCAAGGAACUGAAACAAAAAAUAGAACUCCAGAAAAUGCUUGAAGAUGAAAUAAAGGAGAAUGAAAGGCUAAAAAAUGAUCGCGAUAAAAUGUUUCGAGGACUACAGGAGGCACGGGCGCGUGAAGCAGAGAUGGUAUCCUGCGCCGCUGAGAACAAGCUCCUGCUCGAAGAAUUUGAAGAUAAGCUUUCAGAAGCCAAGGAUAGCCUUGAAAAGCUGAGAGCUGAAUGUGAGGAGCUGAAACAAGCACGGGACAUUGCAAUCCAUGAAGCUCAAAAUUUACACCAGAUGACUGGGAAGUCAUCUAGCGGAGACCAACAGCAAGUCAAAUUUUCUGUAUUCUCCUAUUCUGAGCUUCAAGAAGCAACAAAAAACUUUGAUCAUUCCCUCAAGAUUGGUGAAGGAGGAUAUGGAAGCGUAUACAAGGGCUUUCUCCGCCACACAACGGUCGCCAUAAAGUUGUUAAAUUCCAAAGGCAUGCAAGGGCAAGCAGAAUUUCGUCAAGAGGUUGAAGUUCUGAGUAAUGUGAGGCACCCACAUCUUGUAGCACUCAUUGGGACUUGCCCUGAAGCUUGGGCACUUAUCUAUGAAUAUCUUCCUCAUGGCAGCCUCGACGACCGCCUUGCCUGCAAAGAUAAGACUGAUCCUCUUCCUUGGGAUGUUCGUAUACGAAUAGCGGCAGAAAUCUGCUCUGCUCUCAUCUUCCUCCAAUCAAAUAAGCCCCAUGGCAUCGUUCAUGGAGAUCUAAAGCCUGCCAACAUUCUCCUUGAUGCCAACUUUGUAAGCAAGCUUGGUGACUUUGGUAUCAGCAGGCUCUUAGCCCAGUUCAAUUCCACUCACACUCCCUGUUGGAAUACCAAUCCUAAAGGCACCUUUGUAUACAUGGACCCUGACUUCAUUUCCUCUGGGGAUAUUACGCUCGCCGCAGACAUCUACUCUUUUGGGAUCAUACUUUUGCGCCUCUUGACCGGAAAACCUGUACUGGGGAUCAUUAGCCAGGUUCAAGAAGCUGUUAGUAAUGAGAAGCUGCAUUCAAUCCUGGAUCGUUCUGCGGGGAAGUGGCCUUACAUACAGGCAAAGCAGCUGGUACAACUGGCCUUGAAAUGCUGCAACGUCAUGAGAAAGAACCGCCCGAGCCUUGAUGGAGAGGUUUGGAAGGUGCUCGAUAUAAUGGUGAAAGUUAAUGAACGUGGCAAGCUCCGGCCAUUAUCGUCUAGCUCUGUUUCACAAAACAGCACCAGCAUUCCAUCUUACUUCAUCUGUCCAAUCUCUCAGGAAGUCAUGAGGGAUCCGCACAUAGCUGAAGAUGGAUUCACAUAUGAGGCUGAAGUCAUAAAUAAAUGGUUUGAGAGCGGCCACAACAUGUCGCCAAUGACAAAUCGCCAGUUUCAGCAUCAUAAUCUUAUUCCAAAUCAUAGUCUUCGUUCUUCCAUUCAAGAAUGGCUGCAGAAGAAUGCCUAAACUGAAUAUUUUUGUUCUCUAUGUAUGGUUCUUUUUAUUGCUCUCUCUCA